CGCACGAAGCGCCAUGCCGGUGUUUCAGCUUACAAGUGUCCGUAACGGAGCUGUCACAGGUGUCAGCACACGCAACGUCAAUGCUUUAAAUUCAAUGUCAGCCGGAGAGGAAUACGUAAAUCGCACCAAGUUCAAGUCUGCCCUUCUUGUAGCUACUGGCUGGAAAGCUAGAACACAAGACCUUGAGUUCUGUCUUGGGCAAAGUGUCCCAGCAAAUGCCAAGCUGACGGUUGAGCACCUCCACCGGAUGGUGGUUGCAACCUCCCGGGACUCCACCGCGCGGCUCAGGGAGGUAUAUCAGGCGUUCGAUGCUUCUGGCCUGGGGUUUGUACGUCGCGACGAGGCGCAACGCAUUUUCCAGGAUGUGGCGCCGACGGUGCGCAGCAGCACCUUCGAGGAGGUCUUCGACGCCCUGGACACCACCCGGUCCGGGCGAGUGUCCUGCGACGACUUUAUGUCUGCAUUAAGGUUACUCCUACAGUGA